CGCGCUAGGAGCGGCGCUCAGCGGCGGCGGCUGUACCGCUAUCUUCGCGAAUAAAUAAAAGAUGCAGCGGAGAGUGGGUACACAGCGGGCCCGGCUAGCCGUGCUUCAGUGCGCAUCCACACACCUCUCGCGAUGGUCAACUACAACCGUAUCGUGUGCGAGGCGGCCGUGCUGGCCGUUGUCAUGGCCGUAGCACUCGCCGCACCAGCCGCCGAUUGCGCCGAAAGACACUUCGACCAGCGACAGAACGGAACAGAGAACUACAGACUCAACAUCGAUGGCGUGGUCAUCGCUGUAGCGCCCGCCGAUUCCCUGCUCGCAGCGGCUUCCGAUAUCGAUAUAAGCGAUCUACUCGAUUUGGAAAAUUUCGGAGAUUUGCCCGUGCAUAAGCCAAUACCUCCUAGUUCCGAUUCUAAUAAGCCGGAAGAUGUUAAACCGGAUUCACCAUCAAAGCCAGCAGAUGAUCCCGUGAAGCCUGCGGAGUCUCCGGCAAAGCCUGCAGAAUCACCUCUGAGCGAUGUAACACUUCAAUCAGAAGUUAAGAGUCAGAAGAAAGAUUCAAGCUUAAGGAAACAGGAGAAAGCUCAAAGAUUGAAACAGCGGCUGGCCAACAUGUUGAUACCGUUGCUGAGACGGACGCGUCAUCAUUGACCAUUCAAAUGCAGUGAUGCUACACGAGUUUCCACUGACGAAACAUUUACAAGAAAACAUAUUUAGUGGUUGCAAUUUUUCGAAAAGGAAGAGUAAUGUUUCGGCGGUGGAAACACGAAGCAAAGCUGAUAAUCUCACGUAUACAAGACGAAGACUUAUUAAGUGAUAAAUUAUUUGCAUUUAUUUAUUAGAUUAAGUUAGUUUGUAAUAUCGAAAGAUAAUCUGUUGCGUUGAAAAUAAAUGAUAAUUAUUAUUGAAAAAUCCUAA